AUGGUUCGUGAAUGUUGGUGGCCACCACGGACAGCCAAUUGUGCAACACUAAUAGCAAAUUGUGCUCAUCCAAAUAGUACAGGAAAACGAUAUGACGUGGACAUUAUAAAAUAUUGUACAUCUCUUGAAUCCGCCCGGAAAAAUGCAUCAGAUGCAAGUUAUGAAACAACAAAUGAAGAAAGAUUAGGACGAGAGAAGAGGCAACAUAUUCCUUUCAAUUGUUGCAGUACUGAGGAAGAAUCUGAGCCAUGUGUAAAUAAAACAAAAAACCGCUUGUAUUCGAAUGCAAUAUCAACAUCAUCCUUGUAUCCCGAUACGCUCAGUUUAGAAUAUGGAUAUUCUAACGCAUCUGUAUCCAAUGCAUCUAUGUCCAAUGCAUUUGUGUCCAAUGCAUCUGUUUCCAAUGCAUUCGUAUCGAAUGCAUCUGUAUUAAAUAAAUCGCAAUCAAAUGCAAUUCCAAUCAUAUCAAACGCAAGCGACUAUGCUAUGACAGCAACUGCACAACAAGGAUUUGAAAAUACAAAUGAUUUGGAAACUGAUAAUAAUUCAAACAUAACAGAAAUGCUACAGCAAAUAUUAAGGAUGCUAGCCGUAUUAAAUGUUUUGCAUAAAGAAGUGAAACAACGUUUAAAAAAACUUGAGGAUGUUGUAAAAACAUCCUAUCCACAAAGAGCUUCGAAUCUACAUCAAGAUUGUAAAAUAAUGAAAGAAUUCUUACCUUUUACAACAAAUGAUGCUGUACGGGAAUUUGACAAAGUAUUGCGUACGAAGAAGAUAGCAGUGCAAUUUAGACAAUUUAUCUUAAAAACCGGCGGAAAUAACCCGAAGGACAGCAUACAUCAAAAUCUGAAGAAAAUCUUCAGAGAAAUAACAUCGCAGUUCAGUUUUACAGAGACUGAAUUUGAUAAUAUCACCAGCAUAUGGUUUCGCUUUGCCAAGCAGCGAAAAGAAAGAAGCGAUAAGACUAAGGAGAAGGAAAUGGAGUAA